AUGGAAACAAGAACGCCCUUCGAGGAAGAAAAGGCAGCUUUACUAGACAAAGCCAUCUAUGCCUUAGAUCAGCUUCAUACCAAUCUGAAUAGUUUACAACGAAAUCUUGAAACGAUCAACGGCAUUGGUUUUCAAUUUGAAGGACCUACUCAUCUAUGGACAUCAUUCCACGAUGUUCUCUCUAACGGAACACCGCAGCAACCACAAGAACAGUACGAUGUACAGCAGCAGGUAUUUUCAACAAUAAAUCAACAACGAAAGCGUCAACGAGAUACUACCAAUGAAAAUGAUAUCCACACACGCUCGGCAAUAGCUCCCGCAUCAAGGACACAUUGA